UUGGUAAGGAUGGGCCAAAACUCCAAAAUAAAAAUCUAUGAAAUGAACUUACAUUUCUAAUAAAAAUGUCCUUUUUAAAAAUAUAUAUUAUACAUAUGUAAAGAAAAAAAAUGCAAGCCAAAUAUUUGCAGAGAAGCUGACCUCCGUUUCAUUUCUUUGGGGGAUGAAUACAAUCUUUGUGAACAAAGGGUGUGUUUGCAGUUUGGGGGGGAGGUAAUUUUGUGGCUGCAGUGCUAGUGAUAGUGGCUCUGAUGGCAAUUGGCUGAGCUGCCCUGAUGUCACCAGAAGAGAGAAGCAGGUGCAGUCACUGGUUCUGAAGCGCCUGGGGUGGUUCUCCAUCGCUCCACGCUCUGGGAGAUUUCCCGUGGGUUUUAAGAGCAGGAUCGACCCUCUUAUAAAAGGGGCAAGAGACUGGCAGAGUCUUGCCAUGGGCAUCUAAAGGGGAUUGCAGGAGGGCCCCAGAAAGCAGAGUCCGUAGCGGGCAAGUGGUCAAAGUCUCAGAGCAUAGCCUUAAGAAAAUGUUGGAGGAAUGAGCCAAGAAGGCCGUGGCCGGAUGGAGAGGGAAAGAAAGGCUUGGUGCUUUGCACUGAUUUUAGGUGAAUGGCUCAGUCAUUUGUCUUCCAUCUGCAGAUUUUGUUUUGUCAAUAGGUAAAGCCAUACUUUUUUAACUGGGGAGAGGGUAGUCAUUAAUUUUAAAAUCAUAAAUAGAUAGGUGGGGUUCUUGGGGAGGCCAAAAAUACUUUUUGUGGGGUGGGAUACAGUCUGUGCACCACAGGUUAGCCAGCCCAAUCUAGGGGCCUAUCCCUUCCAAACACCAGUCAUUCAUCCAGCUGAAAACUUUCCGUCACACUGCAGCUUCAAACUGUAGCCCUUAAAACAUGGCUGCCGCAGAAAUGUUAGUCCUCCAUUUAACUGCAUUGAACUAAACCACAGCCUUUGGCAUUUCAGUCAAGAAAUGCUGACCUGACCCCCUUGCAAAGAUGUGCAUCUAUUUAAGCUGCUAAGUGUGAAGUAGGAACUCCAUCAAAGAAAAGGAAAGAAGUAUCUAGCCUUUGCGUUUUGGUUCUUUUCCCUCUUUUCCCGACUUCCUCUGAGCUAAUCUGUACCACGUCAAACUUGAAAGCCUUGCUAUCACCUCAUUCCCUUCCCAGAGCAAGUAGGGGGUCCAUCCAUUGCCCAGGGGCUCUGGGAAAUGAUGCCAUUGCUCCUCUUCUGGGGGAAAAAAAGUAUUGGCGCUGUGCUGUGUUUCCCCUCCAGCACACCACACAACAUCUCCCACACACUGCCAGGGGAAAUUUCCCAGCAAUUCUUCCAAAUUCUGUCAAGAUCCACGCAUGCAGCCUUAUUCUGAUGGGGAGCCUAGGGAUAUACUGAAUAUUUGAAAAGAAACAUAGAAAGUUGCCGGUUGGGAUCGUGGAGGAGCCAGUGACCUGGACUGAUGCAUCAAAAUAAUCCCAUGGAUGUCUUAAAAGAGAAUUUUCUAAAAAUGCAACUUUGAUGGUAUCUAACACCUUGGAAACUGUCGAAGAUGUACAAAGGUGUCGCAAGCAACUGCUGGAGGUGUGGAGACAAAUCAGGCACUUUCUAUCACAUGUGGUGGCUAAGAAAAUACAGGCAUUUGGGGAGAGUAUCCACUUAGAAUUACAAAAAAUGAUAAAGAUUUCCUUUAAGAGGAAACCAGAAGCUUAUCUUCUUCUGGGGAUUACAGAUUCGGAUAUCCCACAAAAAAUGAAAGGUAUCUUUUUAUAUGCUACAGUGGCAGCAAGAGUUCUUACUACUAGAAAAUGGAAGAGUGAUGAAAUUCCCUCUAUUCAUGAAUGGAUCCAAAAGCUAACAGAUCAGACAGUUUAUCAGAAAAAAAUGAAGAACAAACCAAAAGAGGAAUUUGUCUCAAAAUGGGAAGUUUUCAAAGUUUAUUUGAAAAACAACUACAGCAGUUUAAACUCUCUCGCAGCAUUUGAAUAAUUUCAGUAGUAGCUUUAAGAAAGAUAUGAGACCUAAGAUAAACCAGUAAUUAGUUAAUUUAUGAUGAAAGUGUGUACUGGCAACAAAUAAUAUAUAACUGAAAUAAGGAAUAGAUGGGAGGCCGGGUCUAUAGUCCAGGGACCAUUUUUUGCUUUAUUGAUUUGUAAUUAAUACUGUCGUUAUCACUGGUUUUAUUUGUAUUUUUGCUCUGUUUUUUCCUUUUUUGGUGUGUCAAAAAAAAAACCCAAACAAGCCCCAUGGAGUUAAAUGUGGACUGCGUGCCCCCCUUCCAUUAUUUCACAGUUCACAUACAGUAAUUACCUUUUUGCCCCUCCGUGGUGAGUCUCCAACCCGCUGCUGCGAUUCCUCCUUCGCCCAGGAGAGGGCAGCCUUGCAUAAGCGUCGCGCCCGCAGCUGCGCGGCUCCGCCUUUCUGCUCCACUAGGGGGCGCCUGCGAAACCACCACCACCUUUCCUUGCCAUUUCAAUGCAAAACCUCAACCACUCCACCCCCCAGCCAGCCUAAGGGGGGGGGGGAGAGCAAACCUCAACCUAACAGCUUACCUGUCGCUGCCUGCCUUCUUGCCUUCCUGCUUUCCUCUCCUGGCCCAACCCAUCUGCAGAGGAAGAGGGCGAUCAGGUCAGGAAUGUUUUGAAGGGAGCAGUUGAUUUCGCUCGCUCUCUUUCCUCCCCUCCCCCUCCUCCAGUCCAUCAACUUUGGGUGCACUUUCGCUUUGCGGGGGGGUGGCUGGGGGGAAAGUACCCCCACCUCCCGAGGAGAACUUUCCCAGCGCCUGAGAAAAGGAGUUUGAAACGCCGCCGCCGCGGCGAGCCUCUGAUGGGCGCCACCUGCAAGACCGAGUAAGAAUCAGGAAUUGCCUGCUGCGGGUGAAGAUCUUGCAGCCAGAUUCCACCAUGGUCAGCAAAGAGCGGUAUCACUGGCAGACCCAGAAUGUCAAGCAGACUGGGGUGGAUGACAUGGUCCUGCUGUCCAAGAUCAAUGAGGAUGCCAUCGUGGAGAACCUCAAGAAGCGGUUCAUGGAUGACUAUAUAUUUACCUACAUUGGUCCUGUGCUGAUUUCCGUGAACCCCUUCAAACAACUGCCGUACUUCACCGACCGCGAGAUCGACAUGUACCAGGGGGCGGCGCAAUAUGAAAACCCUCCGCAUAUCUAUGCUCUGGCUGAUAACAUGUACCGGAACAUGUUGAUCGACGGGGAGAAUCAGUGCGUCAUUAUCAGUGGGGAGAGUGGCGCCGGCAAGACUGUAGCAGCCAAAUACAUCAUGGGCUACAUCUCCAAGGUGUCUGGUGGAGGCCCCAAAGUGCAGCACGUGAAGGAAAUUAUCCUGAAAUCCAACCCGCUCCUGGAGGCAUUCGGGAACGCCAAGACGGUUCGGAACAACAACUCGAGCCGAUUUGGCAAGUAUUUUGAGAUCCAGUUCAGCCGGGGCGGGGAGCCUGACGGAGGCAAGAUCUCCAACUUCCUGCUGGAGAAGUCUCGGGUCGUCAGCCAGAACCCAGGGGAGAGGAGCUUCCACAUCUACUAUCAGCUGCUGGAAGGAGCCAGCACAGAGCAGCGAGAGAAUUUGGGUAUCACCACUCCAGAUUAUUACUACUACCUCAACCAGUCGGCAGCUUACGAAGUCGAAGAUAUCAACGACCACCAGGAGUUUCAGGAGACAUUGACAGCCAUGGAUGUGGUGGGCCUCUCAGGGGAAGAGCAAGCCUUGGUACUCCAGAUCGUGGCUGGGAUCCUCCACCUGGGCAACAUUACUUUCCAGGAGUCGGGCAAUUACGCCAUGGUGGAGAGCGAGGACUUUCUGGCUUUCCCAUCGUACCUCUUGGCCAUCGACCAGCAACGCCUCAAGGAGAAGCUGACCAGCCGGAAGAUGGACAGCAAGUGGGGCGGGCAGCAGGAGGUCAUUGACGUGACGCUGAACGUGGAGCAGGCCAGCUUCACCCGUGAUGCCCUCUCCAAGGCCCUCUAUGCCCGCCUCUUCGAUUUCCUGGUGGACGCUGUCAACAAGGCCAUACAGAAAGACCGCCAAGAAUACAGCAUCGGGGUUCUCGAUAUCUACGGCUUUGAGAUCUUCCAGAAAAACGGAUUCGAACAGUUUUGCAUCAACUUUGUGAACGAGAAGCUGCAGCAGAUUUUCAUCGAGCUGACGUUGAAGGCCGAACAGGAGGAAUACGUCCAGGAGGGCAUCCGCUGGAACGCCAUUGACUACUUCAACAACAAGGUCGUGUGCGACCUCAUCGAGAACAAAGUGAAUCCUCCGGGGCUGAUGAGCAUCCUGGACGACGUCUGCGCCACGAUGCAUGCCAAGGGCGAGGGGGCCGACCACACCCUCUUGCAGAAGCUCCAGACGGCCCUGGGGACCCACCCUCACUUUAACAGUUGGAACAAGGGCUUUAUCAUCCACCAUUAUGCCGGGAAGGUCUCGUACGACGUGAACGGCUUCUGCGAACGGAACCGCGAUGUGCUCUUUACGGACCUCAUUGAGCUGAUGCAGAGCAGUGAGAUCCCAUUCAUCCGAGAUCUCUUUCCUGAUAACCUCAACGCAGAGAAGAAAGGGCGUCCCACCACAGCUGGCAGCAAGAUCAAGAGACAAGCCAACGACCUGGUCGGCACGUUGAUGAAAUGCACACCGCACUAUAUCAGAUGCAUCAAGCCGAACGAGACCAAGAGGCCCCGCGAUUGGGAGGAGAGCAGGGUGAAGCACCAGGUGGAAUAUUUGGGCCUGCGGGAGAACAUUCGGGUGCGCCGAGCCGGCUACGCCUACCGACGGGUCUUUCACAAGUUCCUCCAUAGGUACGCCAUACUGACCCCAGAGACAUGGCCAUUGUGGCGUGGGGACGAGAAACAGGGCGUGGUGCACCUGAUGAAAUCUGUCAACAUGGAUCUGGACCAGUUUCAGCUGGGACGGACGAAGGUCUUCAUCAAAGCUCCUGAGUCGCUUUUCCUCCUGGAGGAGAUGCGCGAGCGCCGUUACGACGGCUAUGCCCGCGUCAUCCAGCAGGCAUGGCGGAAACACGUGGCCGUCCGGAAGUACAUUCAGAUGAGGGAGGAAGCAUCCAACAUCAUUCUGAACAAGAAAGAGCGUCGCCGGAACAGCAUCAACCGCAAUUUCGUGGGUGACUACAUUGGCUUGGAGACCCACCCUGAGCUGCGCCGCUUUGUGGGCCGGCGAGAGCGCGUGGAUUUUGCUGACACGGUUGUCAAAUAUGACCGGCGGUUCAAGACCGUGAAGCGGGACCUGAUCCUGACCCCCAAGUUCCUCUACCUGAUCGGCCGCGAGAAGGUGAAGCAGGGCCCAGAUAAAGGCGCCAUCAAGGAGGUCCUGAAGAGGCAGAUCGAGGUGGAGCGGGUCCAGUCGGUAUCCCUGAGCACCUUGCAGGACGACUUCAUCAUCAUCCACGAGCCCCAAUACGACAGCGUCCUGGAGUCCAUCUUCAAGACGGAGCUUCUGAGCCUGCUCUACAAGCGCUAUGAGGAGAGGACCCAGAAGCAGCUGCCAGUCAAGUUCAGCAACCAGCUGGAGUUCAAGGUAAAGAAAGACGGGUGGGGCCCCUGGGGGGCCGCCGGAUCCCGUCAGAUCCAGUUCCAGAUCUGCCAGGGGGACUUGACUCUCCUGCGCAACAACGGCAAAGUGCUGGUCGUCAGCAUCGGGCCUGGCUUGCCCCGCAACGCCCGACCUACCCGGAAAGACACCAGGAAGAGUCGCAGCCUGGGAAGGGGAGCCUCACCUGGCUGGAAUGCCCCGAACACAACAGGGUCAAAGUGGGGCAACCGCGGGGGUGGCGGUGUGGGGACCAGGCCCCCCUACCAGCAGCGCCUUUCGAUGACCAAGCAGGUCAGCAUGGAGCAGCCCAGUUUGCCCCGCCAAGGGGCCAGCCCCAGGGCCAAAGUCCUGCCGACUCAACUCAACCUGGAUUUUAUGAACGUCCCGGACCAAGGCGUGGCUGGCCUCCAGAGGCGCCUGUCCAAGGAAGCCAAGCCCAUCCCGGGAGGAGGCCGCGCCAAGCCCAAACCGAAACCGAAACCUCAGCCAUGCCUCCCCCGGUGCAGGGCCCUGUAUGCCUACGACGCUCAAGACACAGAUGAGCUCAGCUUCAAUGCCAACGAGUUCAUUGAAAUAAUCAAGGAAGACCCUUCUGGCUGGUGGCAGGGCCGCAUCCGUGGCAAAGAAGGUUUGUUCCCGUGGAACUACGUGGAGAAAAUCUGAGGCGGGCGGAAAACUCUCAGCGUUCUCUUUCUAGACUGCCCCCCCCUACCAGCUGCUGUGGACUUUGCAGGCUAGAGAAGGAAUUUUGGCCAGCAAAAGGAGCUUCUUCGUGGCUGGGAGACACCUGUCUUCUCUCUUCCAUUGCACAAGGACAAGGGGUCUGUGUGUUUAUUUUAUAUAUAUAAAUGGCUGCCUUGAAAGCCAUGACAAUGCCAGCAUGGCUGAACUUUGAAAUCAAGAGCGGGGUGGGAAAGCGCAGGUCUCCCUUUUUACCCCUCCAGUGGAAGGCGUUUUGUCCAUGAAAACAGGCAGAGGUUUUGGUUUCAUGGGCAUUUAAGCAGGAAUGGGACCACAGAACCUGCGUGUGAAAUAAAUUAUGUACAUCAGGAACCCUUUUCUGGAAAUGGGGUUUUGUUUGGAGAUGUGUGGGUGAAAAUGUGGAUCACCGAAUCCUCAGCAAAGGCCCUGCCCUACACCCCUGCAGUGCAGUCCCCACACAUUUCCCAAAUGGAGGGGGGGUGCGUGGAAUGGGUGGGGGUGGGGCAUUUCAUUGGAUCUACUUUGGGAACCAGAGCAGGUACAAAUUCCAAGAAGCUUUGGCGGAUAAAUUGCGAAAGCGUCUUGGAAAGACACAUUGCCAAAGGGCUCCUGCACCUUUUAACAGCUGAGAAAGGAAUUUUCGGCAGGUGUGGUGUGAAGCGAGGACUGCACAGGCUGGAAUUACCUGUUCUAAAAGUGCAGGAACACUGUCGUCUUUUUGUCCCCAUCUGGCUACCUUAGAAGGAUCUCCCUAAUUGGGAGUUGCAAAGACUGGAAUGACUUUGUGGUUGCAGUGCUCAAAGUUGUAGAGAAAGGUAGUCUAUGAGUUACAUUUAUUCGUUUAUCUACAUUAAUUUUUGCUCUCUUUGGCCAAAAUGGCUCCCAGGGCAGCUUACGUAUGAUCCAUAAAAGCAAGGCAGCUAUGACAGAGGGUGUCUACCUGGGUCUUCUGUUUUCAGAGGCUGCAUGUGGAGAAUCCUGGAGUGUGUGUGUGUGUGUGUGUGUGUGUGUGUGUGUGUGUGUGUGUGUACAGUUGCCCUCAUGCCCUGCUGGUGGGCACAUGACGGCGAUUUUUCUAGCCAUUGUGGCAAACAGGGGAGUGCACUUGAUGGACGUUUGAUCUGACCCAGAAGGACUCCUUAAGUGGAAAAAGAGGGGGGGGAUGCAUACUGGGAGCAAAUGCCUACACUGGGACCGUCAUGAUUUAAAAGACACAUAAUCACAGACAGGACAAAAUCAUGGAUUGGAGGGAGCAAGGGGGUCCCCUCUUGAGAGAUUUUGCCCACUUAGAUGUCUCUUGGCUCUGUUUUUCCCUUGCUGGAAAAUAAAGCCUUUAGUAUUAGUGAGCCUUAAAUAAUAAAAUACUUCCUACCCCAGACAGGAGGACUCAAUCAGAGGUGACAGGCCCACAAAGAGGUGGGAGCCCUCUGCAAAGCCGCUUGGGUGCCACACGGAUGUUCUCCAUGAGCCAGGUUUAGCUCCAAAUUACACGUUUCCUUUUUGAGACUUCCUUCGACGUCAGGACAGGGUUUAUUACUCAGCCAAAGCCACAAAUGAUGAGCUGGGUUAGUUCACAGGACAAAGCAGGUGGCAAGGUAUCGUUUUACAGUCCUGGCCCGUUUGCAGCCACCCUGGGAUGGCAAAGAAGUGUAUUGCCUCUGAACUGCCACGUCCAGAUUUGCAAGUUUUAUUGCUCGCAAUUUUUUGCUGAGAUACAGGACUUUAAAGAAAGCUCUUUCGCAAAACUGCAGCUGGCAUCGCAGCCUCAUGAAAAGCAAUGACAGGAUAUUUCUUUCUCGCUCCCCCUCUCUCUGUGGAAGGAAGGAGCAACGGUAAAAUCAAAGCACCAGGGAUUAAUUUCAAUUAAGACCAGGUCCGGAGAGGGGUUAAACCACUAGAAGUUUUUAAUUGCAUUAUCAGUACAGUGAAAUGAGUUAACCUGAGACUUUUUCAGUGACCAAUUUUUUUUAAUGUACUGUAGCAUAAUAUUCAGUUCACAGUCGUGACCCCCCUGAAUCUCCCAUGACCCUCCAUAAUUUUUGACCUGCUAGAAAACAAAUAUACAGAAUUCAGAGUCUUCUUUUUUGUUUUUUAAAAAAGCCCACAAGAUAUACCUAAAGGCACUGAAGUGCGUGCAAGGUAAGAAAAGAAAAGGGGGGGGGGAGAAGGUUUGGAAGUCAAUCUUCAAUAAUUACAAAGCAAUCGAUUCUCUUCCGUAACCCCUAAAACGGUAAGAAGGUUCUAUGAAACAUCAUUUACACUUUCAGCUAUUUUUUUAAAAAAACUUUUUUCUUUAAAUUAAAAAAGGGGGGUAGUAAAUGAGUUAGGUAGGUGUUUAACAGAGACAAGAAGUUGCCUAAAAUAAAUGAACACAUUUUACUUAGGAGGAGGAGGAGUGGGACUGGGGAGAAGCAUCAGGGGCUUCUGCUGAAUAGUUAGGAAGCUGAGUUCAUCAUCCAAGACUCAUGGGAAGGAACUAAACAGUACUGAUCUUCCUCCUCCUCCUCCUCACCCUCAAUUCUGCUCUGGUGAAGCAGCUCAUUUCCAAAAAGCAUCCCUACAUAAUGGUAGAGUGGAUAUGGUUUGUUUGUUU